AUGAUCAAGCAAUUGUACAAACACAGAACGUCCCUUUUCACGCGACUUACGCGGAGGUACCUCGCAUCCAGUUACAACAAUAACAGUUUCAAAGCGGGCCCUGAUCCGCAAGAGAAGGAUUCUUCAUCUUCAUCUUCAUCUUCAUCCUCGUCAUCGUCAUCGUCAUCCAAAGUCCCGCCACACAAAGAUGGUUUGUAUUUUGGACAAUUCACUGAAAAGGAGUAUAAAGAAGCGGCCAAAGCAAUCAAAGACCAAAUCGCCAAGUUGGAAGCGGAAAUCAAAGGGGAUCACAACGUGAGAGAAAACAUUGGCAAAGUUGCUCAAUUUCCAGAGCAAGGUCCUGCAGCUCCCAUAGAUUCCAUCAAGAGCUUGACAGAUUUUUUCAAACAGACAAUCAAGUUGACAGGGCCCAUUUCCUUAAGCUCUUACAUGAGGCAAUGUUUGACUCACCCUGAUUUUGGAUAUUACACCACGCGAGACCCGUUGAAUCUCAAAACUGGAGACUUUAUCACAAGUCCAGAAAUCUCGUCUGUGUUUGGCGAAAUGAUUGGAAUUUGGUACUUCACAAUAUGGAAGUCACAGAAUCAACCGGAAAGUAUCAGAUUUAUCGAGUUUGGACCUGGUAAAGGUACACUAAUAAAUGAUGUCUUGAGAACUUUUAAUAGAUUUGUCGACAAAAGUAACGAAGUCAAGCCCAAAGUUGAAGUAACGAUGAUUGAGGCCUCUAAAGUUUUGAGGCUUGAACAGUAUAAACUUCUAUGCGAUGAAAAUAAGGACGCAUUUGAAACGACAGGGGACGGGUUUAAUAGGUCCACCACCAAAUGGGGCAACACUAUCACUUGGGUGGAUACUGAAAAGGACAUCAAGCAAGACAGUUCGAAUAGCAUUGCUAACUAUAUCAUCGCCCACGAGUUCUUUGAUGCUUUGCCAAUAAAAUCUUUUAUAAAGAAGGAAGAAGGUUGGCGUGAGUUGGUGGUUGAAGACACAACUACUGUCCUCAAUACGCAGCUAAAAUUGGAGAGCGGUGCGAACAACCCGUCACAAGCUCCAAAUGAUCCCACUUUCGACACCGAAUUUCAUUUGACGAUUUCUCCUAAAGAGACACCCGCAUCGAUGAUUCCUAAAUUUAGCAAGAGAUAUAAAGAUUUACCUGUUGACUCACGGAUUGAGAUAUGCCCCGAUUCGGAACUUUACACGUUGAAGAUUGCUCAGUUGAUAGACAAUGUCAGCUCAUUGGGUGCGGCUCUAAUAAUCGAUUAUGGUGUUGUGGAUCAAAUUCCAGAAAAUUCCCUAAGAGGUAUCUACAAGCACAAAUUUGUCUCUCCCUUUUACAAGCCAGGAGAAGUUGACUUAUCGAUUGACGUUGACUUUACCAAUUUGAAAAAUCUUGCUGAGAAUGCAGUUGAGAUCGAGGGCCCGAUCAACCAAGGUGAUUGGCUUCAUAAUAUUGGAAUUGGCUAUCGAAUUGAUCAACUAUUGAAGCAGAAUAGUAGCAAUGGAGAAUUACAGGACAAGAUCUAUGGGGCGUACAGAAGGUUAACUGAUGAAGAAGAAAUGGGCAAAAUCUACAAGUUUAUGGCUCUCUUGCCUAAAAACUCCCCAAAGCCAAUAGGUUUUUAG